AUGGCAAAUUCAGAAGUGAAAAACAAGCAAGUGAUAUUCAAAGGAUACAUCGAUGGAGUUCCCAAACAAACUGACAUGGAACUCAAACUUUCAAAUAUUCAAUUUAAUCAACAACUUCCACCACAAUCGCUUCUCGUCAAGAAUCUCUUUCUCUCUUGCGAUCCAUAUAUGCGUGGUCGUAUGCGUGAUUUUCACGGAUCUUACAUUCCCCCAUUCGUUCCCUCACAGGCACUUGAAGGAUUUGGUGUGUCUAAAGUUAUAGCAUCUGAAUAUCCAAAUUUCAAAGUUGGUGAUUUGAUUUCCGGGUUUACCGGCUGGGAAGAAUACAGCAUCAUCAGUAUCACUAAAGCUCAGCAGUUGAGAAAAAUUGAGCCUGAUGAUCACAUUCCUCUUUCCUUUCAUCUUGGUCUUCUAGGAAUGCCGGGUUUAACUGCUUAUGCCGGAUUUUACGAGGUGUGUGCCCCAAAAAGUGGCGAAUAUGUUUUUGUAUCUGCAGCAUCUGGUGCUGUCGGUCAACUUGUUGGCCAACUUGCAAAGUUGCAUGGCUGCUAUGUUGUUGGAAGUGCUGGCUCAAAAGAGAAGGUUGAUCUUCUAAAGGAGAAGCUUGGGUUCGACGAAGCUUUUAACUAUAAAGAAGAAUUGGACUUGGAUGCAGCUUUAAAAAGGUAUUUUCCACAAGGCAUUGACAUCUACUUUGAUAAUGUGGGUGGUGACAUGCUUGAUGCUGCUCUUCUUAACAUGAAGAUUCAUGGUAGAAUUGCAGUUUGUGGAAUGAUUUCUCAGUCAAGCGUUUCUGAUCCCAAAGGAAUUCACAAUUUAACCUCUCUCAUUUAUAAGCGCAUAAGAAUGGAAGGUUUUUUGCAAAGCGAUUACUUGCACUUGUUCCCAAAAUUCGUGGAACAGGUUUCAAGUUACUAUAAACAAGGAAAGAUUGUGUACUUCGAAGACAUGAAUGAAGGCUUGGAAAGUGCUCCUGCUGCUUUUGUUGGACUUUUCCACGGUAAGAACGUCGGUAAGCAAGUCAUUCGUGUUGCACAUGAAUGA